UUUUUCAUCAAAAGGCAUCCUGCUCUGUGGUGUUGGCAAAGACGGACAUGGUAAAAAUAUGGUUGUAAUUUGGAACACAUCAAGAGUGGUGAAACAUAAAGAAAUGUCUGUUAUGGCUAAAGCUCAUACUGAUGUAGAUAUUUCACGUAUACUUAUUGCACCCUUUGAUGAUACAAAAAUGGUUUCGUGUGGCCGAGAUAAUGUUCGCCUGUGGAGGAUCAAAGAAGGUGCCUUGAGAUCUGCCCCAUUCAGUUUAGGAGAAUACCACGCCAUGGACUUCACUGAUAUCUGUUUUGAUUCUUCUCAUUUGGACAACGAACUGACAAAUAAGCUGAUCUAUGCCUGCACAAAAUCUGGCCAUAUAUUUGAGUUGGACUGUAGCAAACUCAGCAUCCAUCAUGUGCGGAGGUUGUUACCUAUUAAAAAUAGACCAAAGAAAGAAGGAAAGACACAGAACUCAUCCGAAUCAGGUGAUGCCAUGUCUAUUAACUCCAUGCAUCUCAAUGAAACAUUUUGUGUCACUGGCUCUGAUGAUGGUUUCUUGAGGCUGUGGCCUUUAGAUUUUGCUCAUGUAUAUCUAGAAGCAGAACAUGAAGGGCCAGUAACUACAUCUCGCCUGUCAGCUGAUGGACUGAAGAUUCUAGCAGGAACAAUCACUGGUAAUCUUGGAAUCCUGGAUGUACCACUGAGACAGUAUACAACUAUCAUGCGAUCUCACACCGGGCGUAUUCACUGCUUUUCUAUAGAUCCCCAUCGCAGACACUUGGCCACAGUAUCAGAAGAUAGGACCAUUCGUGUGUGGCAUGUGGAUACAAUGCAACAGCUGUAUGACUUCAGUGCAAAAGAAGAUUCUCCAAGUUGUAUUAGUUACCACCCCAGCAAGCAGAUCUUUGCCUGUGGAUUUCAAAAUGGAGCAGUUAAAGUUUUCAAUGUUGAAGCAACUCGUCUGUUAGCAGAGCUCAAACAACUCCGUGGAGAGGUGACAGGCGUGGUUUACUCCCUUGAUGGAUCACGACUAUACACUUGCUGCUCGCUGGGUGUGGCUGCAGUUUUUGAUUCCAGUACAGAAGAGUACAAAGUGGUGAGAGUGAUAACAGGUCUAGUUGCCAGAGGAAGUCAGUUUGGGCCCCAAGCUCUAGCAUUAAGUCCAUGUGGAAGAAGAGUGGCAUUUAUUGGUCCCACAGAAUUUACUGUUACUGUAGCAGAUGCCAGGUGUUUAGAUGAGCUUUUGAGGAUUGAUGUAUCGGAUUUGACUGUUGGCUCAUCCAGCAUAGACUCCGCAGAGAGGGUGACUUUUUCUCCAGCAAAGACAGAUCAUUUAUUAGUUACUACAACCAAUAACAGGCUGCUCAAAUAUGAUGCCAAGGAUGGCCGUUUAUUACAGGAAACUGACCACAUUCAUCGCACAGGCUGUAGUGCUAUCAGUGUGUCCAGCAAUGGAAAGUACAUGGCUACAGGAGGAGACAAGACCAUCAAGAUUUGGGACUAUAAUCUCCAACUGGACAUUAACUUUCAGGUAUUUAUAGGACACAGUGAAAAUGUAUGCAGAAUUCAUUUCACACCUGAUGGUCUGAGUCUAAUUAGUGCUGGUGAGGCUGUCUACAUCUGGGACUUCUUGGCCAGAAGA